AUUCAAACUUUUCAGUAAUGCUUCUGAUCCUGCCAUCAGUCUGACAGUGGCGCCCUCUGCACCUCCGCCAUUAUCAGUCUCUUAUUUCUGUGCUUAUAAUUUAUAAGAGGUGCCUGGCCCCUCUGUACUACAGGUGACGUGGCUGGGUAAUGUCCCUCAAUGGGGAGCUACGGGUGGUGUCAAGGCGGUGCCAUGUGCCGGGCUGUGGUGCCUCCUCCUCUAGUGUGGUGGUGUAUUCAGCCAAGAAGAGCAAGGAUGAGGAGGCCCAUGGUCGCUGGAUGAAGUUGCUUGGGUUGGAGGAUGGGCGGGCAGCUGUGCAUGCGUGUCAGAGGCACUUCCCAGCAGGGGCACCAACACGCAACCAUCCAGACCCUGAUGCCAACCUUUUCAACCCAAUACCCAACCAGUCAUCAUCUUCCAAUAAUGGUCCAAGCCUGGAGUCUGGACCCCAGAUCCAGCCACUGUUCAACACAGCACCAGAUGGCACACCACUGGGCCCCAAUGGUCAGCCUCUGCCACCUGCCAUCCAGCCCCCACCUGGCUCUGUCACCAAGCUUGCCCCCAAUGCCACCCUGAUUGACCUCAACAAGAUAAAGAAGGAUCAUGAUGGUGAAAAGCCAUUCAAAAUUGAGCAGGUUACAGUCUUGAUUGAUGAAAGUGACGAUGUUAAGGUUGUUGGCUAUGGACCAAGGGAUCCUCUGUCCCAUUCCCCAGUGGAGCGAAUACCAGGCCGCCUUGGACGUCCCCGCAAGGCCCAGCCUCCCCCGCCUCCCACCUGGGACGAUGGUGGGGCCACAGAUGGGUUGGAGGAUGUGGCCAGUGAGCCUUCCUUCCAUCAGUUUAGUGACCCCUCUCUUGGGAACACCCUGGAGCAGAUGAGGCAGCUGCGUAUUGACUGUAACACUGCACUUGUUGACAUGGACAAGAGGCAGAUGGUAUAUGCACAUCGUGCUGUCCUGGUAGCCCGCAGUCCAUAUUUCUACCGACAGAUGUAUUUACGAAGAAAAAAGCUGAAGUAUCUGUACCAGUUCUGCCGCUUCACUUUACCAAUAGAUGUUAACUUUGAUGUUGUGGAUGCUGUGGUCUCUUACAUGUACACAGGUUCAAUGAGCACACUAUGGGGAAAGGGAACAGCAUCCAUCAGAAAAGUUCUGAACCUGUUUGAAAUGAAGGAAGCUCUGGAGUUGUAUGAUCAAGAAGUGGCUGGGAGAGAAGUGGAGGAGAAGGAGCCUCGCCGUGUUAAAAAACGCCUCCGUCGGGAACCAGGAGAAGAAAACCUGGAGAGCCUAGUGAUGCCACUCCUGUCAGACACUGGUGGGGCAGUGGAUGGGAGCACAGCAGAGGAAGUGUUCAGGGGGGAGGAGAGGCGGAGGAGGAGAAAGGCGCCUGCAGAUCAUGAGGGAGGGGAAGAUGUCCAUGGGAAGAUGAAGGUAUCUGUCCAGAAAAUUGUUGACAGUGCCCUGACACCUUUCCUUGGAAAGAUUGAGGAACUGUUUGACCCGUCGGCUUCCACACUGCACAUUGCCCGCACCUCACAACACAUCAUAACACUCUGGCAUGCCGACAUACUGCUCACCAAACUCUUUGACCAGAACGACCUGACAAAGUUUUUCUCCGAGGUGAUGAAUGACGUUCUGGAGAAGAACAACUUGAUGCAUCAGCAGGAGACGGGUGAGAGUGAAGGGUGUGGCUACAGUGUGGAGGUUUUGGUGACACAUACAGGAAAUGCUCUGAUAGAUGAGGCUUAUAACAAGGCUUCCAUUGGUGAUUCUGUGAUGCAGGAAGUAGAGACAAUAACCUUAGGGGACAUGCAGAUCAUUAAUUAUCACCAGAUUGAUCCUCAGCACAUUUCAAAGUAUGUACACAUGAUAGCAAUGUAUCGCUAUCGAAUACGGAUGGAGAAGAAGGGCUCCGGGAGGUCGGAUGGAGGAAGUGGAAGCACAGGGGCGGGAAGCAAGGACACCCUCAUGCCCCCACUCCUGGAAGGGGAUGUUUUACCCGAUGACUCGUCCACACCUCAAGAUCUUGAUGACCUUGUGAACAGGAUGGCAGGAGGUGGGGACGACCUCCUUACAGGCGCUACUAGUGCUCUGACCCGAGCCUGUUUCCAGCAGGUCAGCACCGACUUGAAGCGAAGAGCUGUGGCUGACCUGGAACUCUAUGUGAAUCCAUCAUUCCAUGAAGAACUCAUCAUGCACAUUAUAGUGGACCAGGUUGAGGAGCGAGGGACUCUUCCUCUAUGUUUAGCAGUGUUUCUUGCCAAAGGUUGUAACUUCUGCCGCAAGAAAGAGUGUAAAGGAGAGGACCUUACAUUACCCAUUAGUCCAGAUAAUCCAGUCUGCCCUGACCGACAGUGCAUUAAACGUAAUCUCAUUUGUGAGUUGUGUAACAAACAGAUGUCAAAUUCCAAGUCUUUAGCAAGACACAAAUACAGCUUGCAUGACAUUCAGGUGGGGGAUGCUGGAGGAAUCUUCAUUUGCAGUCACUGCGGAGAGACGUUCAGCAAAAAGUGGAAGCUUAACAUGCACGAAAGACAACACGAGGACCGCAAGUUGGAGGUUGCCUGUCAGAUUUGUGGGAAGGUGAUGCGCGGAGCAAUGGCCCUGAAAAAGCAUGUCAGCAUGGUCCAUGAAACACGACCACAGUUUCAGUGUGACUUCUGUUCCAAGAGUUUUAAGCGAAAGGAGACUCUCAAUGUUCAUCUUCGCAUUCAUACUGGAGAGAAGCCAUUCCAGUGUCCUCGGUGUGACUAUGCCUCAGAGACUAAGGGCAACUUGAAGGCCCACAUGUGGCGCAAGCACAAGAUGCAGCUGGGGGCAUCAGCAACGGACCAGCAACAGGUGGCUGAGGAGCAGGCCAUGGCGGCCAGCCUGGUUGCUCAUGCCCACCCCCUUGGUGAUGGAUCCUUUAUUAUUGCUCAAGGGAAUCCUACAUCAGGAGCAAUGAUGGGAGAUUAAUUUAAUGGAACACAUUUCUCUUGUUUUUAAAGGAUGUAGAAUUAAUAGUUAUGAAUUUUUAUUGUAUUACAAGAGUGAAUGAUGAAUGAAGGCAGUUUCCAGCAUGGAGAUACUAGUAAUCUAAGCAACUCUAGAAUACCAAAAAGCUAGACUCUAAGUAUGGUUAUUUCUACAGCAUGAAAUUUUUAUAGUGAAGUGACAUUGCUGUGUGAAGGGUUAUGAUUCAUAUGAGUGAGUGAAGUUUUAGCAAAAUUGUGUAUGUGUUUUAUGAUUCUUGUGUGAAUGUAGUUGAAAGUGAUUUGUUGAGUACUAUUUAAAAUCCAAGUUACAUACCAUUGUAAAUAAUACUGACAUGCAUUUGUAAAUAUGCAUUAUUUAUUCAUUGCCAAAAUGAUGAACAAUUAAAGUCAUUUAUAUUUUUUUC